CAAUGCAAACACGUUUCCCAUGCCAAUAAAGCCCAUUUGAAUUGAACUGAUUUCUUUCCGAGUUCUGAACGCUGCAUCUUUCUAGAGUUCCGACUUUCCGACCUGAAGCUCGCCAACGUCGUGAUUUGACCUCGUUUUUUUCGCCGAGUUCCCAGUUGUCUUGAAAGCACCACAAGAGGCGGAUGUUGAGUAGAUGAAUGAUAAACAGACGAGCUAACGGUUGUCAUCAUUUGACUUCCCUGCAAACAGGCUUGUGAUAUAGCUGUCGUCAUCACCUAAUUCCAAUUGUGUGGAAGAGACAACACAUCAGGCUGUUGGACCUGACGGAAGAGCAGGCUCUGUAGGUGGAAACUCCCCACUGUCAUCAGCAGACUGGCUGAGUGAGUUCAAGGCCAGUGGUGAGUGGAGCUUCUACCCCAGGCCCCCCCAUCCAAAGGUCCAGUCAGCAUGUCCAGCGACCCCCCUCCUCCCUACCCCGGAGGUCCCAGCGCCCCUCUUAUCAAGGAGAAGAAUGGACAGCCAGCCAUUCCGGGCUCGGCGGUCCCUGUAUCGACGGGUCCUCCUCAGGGACACCCCCUGCCUCCAGACUAUGGCCCUCCACCCUACGAGGCCACGCUACAGCCAGGCUUCUUGCCGCCACACGUCCCAGGAGAUGGGGCCAUGCCCAUACCACAUGGUGGCUUCUACCCUCCGCCAGGUCACUUUGGCCCAGGGCAGUUUGGCCCGGGGCAGUUUGGCCCGGGGCCCAUUCAAUUUGGGCCUGUGGCAGGUCAGACGGCUCACACGGUGCUGGUACCCCCUGGGACAGCUACCACAGUGACCGUGCUACAGGGGGAGAUAUUCCAGACAGCACCUGUACAGACUGUGUGUCACCACUGCCAGCAGCCCAUCAUCACCCGUAUCAACCACAGCGUGGGCCUCAUGAACGCUGUCUUCUGCCUCUUCUGCUUCUUUGUUGGGUGUGAUCUGGGUUGCUGCUUGAUUCCCUGUCUGAUCGACGAUCUCAAGGAUGUGAUACACACCUGCCCCUACUGCAAGGGCUACAUCUACACAUACAAGCGCAUCUGCUAACCACCAACUGACAGACACGUGUACAGUGGGGCAAAAAAGUAUUUAGUCAGCCACCAAUUGUGCAAGUUCUCCCACUUAAAAAGAUGAGAGAGGCCUGUAAUUCAUCAUAGGUACACUUCAACUAUGACAGACAAAAUGAGAAGAAAAAUCACACUAUAGGAUUUUAAAAAUGAAUUUAUUUGCAAAUUAUGGUGGAAAAUAAGUAUUUGGUCACCUACAAACAAGCAAGAUUUCUGGCUCUCACAGACCUGUAACUUCUUCUUUAAGAGGCUCCUCUGUCCUCCACUUGUUACCUGUAUUAAUGGCACCAGUUUGAACUUGUUAUCAGUAUAAAAGACACCUGUCCACAACCUCAAACAGUCACACUCCAAACUCCACUAUGGACCAAAGGACACCAGAAACAAAAUUGUAGACCUGCACCAGGCUGGGAAGACUGAAUCUGCAACAGGUAAGCAGCUUGGUCUGAAGAAAUCAACUGUGGGAGCAAUUAUUAGGAAAUGGAAGACCUACAAGACCACUGGUAAUCUCCCUUGAUCUGGGGCUCCAUGCAAGAUCUCACCCCAUGGGGUCAAAAUGAUCACAAGAACGGUGAGCAAAAAUCCCAGAACUACACGGGGGGACCUAGUGAAUGACCUGCAGAGAGCUGGGACCAAAGUAACAAAGCCUACCAUCAGUAACACAUUACGCCGCCAGGGACUCAAAUCCUGCAGUGCCAGACGUGUCCAGGCCCGUCUGAAGUUUGCUAGAGAGCAUUUGGAUGAUCCAGAAGAAGAUUGGGAGAAUGUCAGAUGAAACCAAAAUAUAACUUUUUGGUAAAAACUUGUUUUGUUUGGAGGACAAAGAAUGCUGAGUUGCAUCCAAAGAACACCAUACCUACUUUGAAGCAUGGGGGUGGAAACAUCAUGCUUUGGGGCUGUUUUUCUGCAAAGGGACCAGGAUGACUGAUCCAUGUAAAGGAAAUAAUGAAUAGGGUCAUGUAUCGUGAGAUUUUGAGUGAAAACCUCCUUCCAUCAGCAAGGGCAUUGAAGAUUAAACGUGGCUGGGUCUUUCAGCAUGACAAUGAUCCCAAACACACCGCCCGGGCAAUGAAGGAGUGGCUUCGUAAGAAGCAUUUCAAGGUCCUGGAGUGGCUUAGCCAGUCUCCAGAUCUCAACCCCAUAGAAAAUCUUUGAAAAUCUGUGUUGCCCAGCAACAGCCCAAAACAUCACUGCUCUAGAGGAGAUCUGCAUGGAGGAAUGGGCCAAAAUACCAGCAACAGUGUGUGAAAACCUUGUGAAGACUUACAGAAAACGUUUGACCUCUGUCAUUGCCAACAAAGGGUAUAUAACAAAGUAUUGAGAAACUUUUGUUAUUGACCAAAUACUUAUUUUCCACCAUUUCCAAAUUAAAUUCCUUAAAAAUCCUACAAUGUGAUUUUCUGGAUUUUUUUCCUUCUCAUUUUGUCUGUCAUAGUUGAAGUGUACCUAUGAUGAAAAUUACAGGCCUCAUCUUUUUAAGUAGGAGAACUUGCACAAAAACUUGCAUAAUUGACUAAAUACUUUUUUUUUGCCCCACCGUAUCAACUCAACUCUUAUGCACACAUUAACUCACAGCUCCUCAUGGUUGUAGUUGCAGCCUAUGUUCUUUCUCCAACAUUUGCUCAGUGUGUCGUGCUUCAUUUAGCCCUCCUAACUUUACCCUCACUUUCUAAAGCACUUACUUGUUCACACUCACUAUAUUUACUGUAUAUCAUAGGAGGCUGGUGGGAGGAGCUGUAAGAGGACAGGCUCAUUGUAAUGGCUGGAAUGGAAUCCAUGGAACAGAGUCCAACACGUUGUCCAUGUGUUUGAUUUGUUUGGUACUAUUCCAUUGAUUCCAUUCCAGCCAUUACAAUGAGCCUGUCCUCCUAUAGCUCCUCCCACCAGCCACCUCUGCUAUAUUUAUUGUCCAGACUCAAUUACCUAGCUAUGUACAGGCAUUUAGAUAAGUGCUAGAUAGACACAUCACACAGGACCGAACCUGCUCUAAAAACAGAAACUUAUAACAAUUGAGAAAAGAUGAGUUGCAGACAAGGUACAUCUUGCAUACUUUAUAAAAAACUUCUUUGGUUACAGGAAGGCUUUGAAUUUGACAUUUAUGGAGCAAACUUGAGGGGUAGAGAAAGGUCACACUUUGGGAAAGCUGUAAACAUUUGUCACUUUAAUCAAAAUUGUCAGCAAUCAUCAGCAAUUGCAGGGUCAGUAUUUUGUUUUUGUAAUUAUUUAAUGUAAUUUAACAUGUUAAUAUUGAGGACAAGGAAGGUUAUGUCCAUGUCUGAGACCUACUUUAUGUUUAUGUUCUAAUCACCCUGUUUGUCCUACAACCUUAAUGUAUAUCCAAUUCAAAUGUUACAAGGAAAUAACCAUGUAUCAGAUUUGUUAGGACAAACUCGAGUCGGUAAGACUGAGUUAAUUUGAGUUGUUCUCACUGAAGUGAGAGAAGUAUGUGUUACUGUCUUUUUAAAUCCUCUAUUGUGCUUUGUCACUUGAUGUCCAGUGAAUUUUGCUAGAGCUGUUACACAAUAAUGCCAGUCAUGUCCAUAUUAAUGUAUUACAUUUUGAUAAUGAAGAAAAUGUGUGCUUGUAUUGCGAAUGCACAAGUUCCCAUGUGAAAUUUCAUACAUUCAUAAAACCAUAAUUGCCAUGA